GUAUAAUUUUCCUGGUUCUUAUUGACUGACGUUUGCCAGACUAUAUCUACAAAAUAUUAAGUAUACAUACAACACAAUACUUAUUGUAUUGUUAAUGAAAUAAAGAAUUGAUUCAUUAUAAUGUCAAACAUUUGUCAGUAGAAAAAGGCGCGAUAUUCAAAUUUUCUAUGCGACUUUUUAAAUUGGCCGCUUUUUUCUACUGACGGAAAUGGCUUGACAGACCACACUUGCACCGGCCCUCAGUAUCGUAUUCUUUGCCCCCAGCCCCCAGGCAUUGCAUUGGGUUGUGGCAGCCCUGGAGCAUUUUUGACAACGGCUGCCGGGGCGGUUUGUCAAUAAUGUCAAUGUCAUUCUGAAAACGUCAAACGCAUAAAACUGCUGAAAGGAACAAUACUGCACAAUACUGAAUGAAGCAGAGUUUCGGGAUCACAUUAUGGAAUUUUGAAUUAUAUUAUAUAAAUAAAGCUUACUGAAUUGAAAAAAAAAUAGAAGAUUUUAACAGUGAAGUUAUAUCUGGUGAACUGAUUUUUAAAAUCAAUAACUUACUGCAAGAUAACAGGCUCUUAAUUCCUUGUAGGACAGUUAUCAGUCUCAAUCUAAAACUGCUAUUAUAAGCUGAAUGUGACUUCAGUUUAGUUAAGUAUUAUUGGUAGCACUUUGUAAACAUUAGUUUUCAUUGGUAUUUUUUGCAUGGAUUCUUGUGUUACUGCACUGUAUUACAUAGCAUAGCAUUGAGUACUGCUCAAAAUAUUAUUGAUUGGGAUAUUUUUUUUGGAUUUAAUUGUUGCAUGGGAAAAAUGUUGAUACAAUUAGAAUCUAUUACAAAUAAGCCCCUAAAAAGAGUUUUAGAGCACAUUUUUUACCUUUUAGUAAUAUUCAUCCUGAUCCCAAUUUUUGUCUAUUUUGAAUUAUGCAUUGUAUUACCAGCAGUUGAAAAAGAUAAGUCAAAGCAUGUAAUUCAUCUGUGUAUAGCGUUUUUUCUGUUACUUAAUAUUGUAGGCAAUAUGAUAUAUGGAAUGUUAACUGAUAGUAGUAUUAAAGGAAAGAUGUUAGAUAGUAAACAAACUUCAAACUGGAGCUUGUGUUCCGUGUGCGAGUGUCUGCGGCCACCUCGCGCAUGGCACUGUAACAUUUGUAACAUAUGCAUUUUAAAAAGAGAUCAUCACUGCACCUACCUUACUUCUUGCGUUGGAUAUUUCAACUAUAGAUAUUUCAUACUUUUAACUCUUUAUAUAUUCUUUGCCAUGGUGUAUGCAUUUUACUAUAAUCUUAAGUUUUUGGCUACUUUUAUAUCAUGGAACCAUGGGCUGGCAAUCAUUCGAUUCAUUUUUCCACUAGCAAAUUUUGUUGUAGAUGCUAGCUAUGAAAGUUUGUAUAUUUUUCUAGUUGUGAUAAAUUUCAUAGUAGCUUUGUUUACAGGAUUUUUAGCUUACUAUCAUUUUAGUAAUGUAUUUAAAGGUCAAACUACCCCAGAGAGAAAGUAUAAUGAGUGUAAUUACAAUAAAGGAUGGAGAAGGAAUCUAAUAGAAGUAUUUGGUGUAAGAUGGUACUUGACAUGGAUUUUGCCAUUUAUUCAGAGUCCAUUGCCAGGUGAUGGCAUACAGUGGCAUGAUGAAGAUAAGUACAAAUAAAUGUUUAGUGUUAAUGACUCUUAUAUUAUAUCCUUUAACUAAUAUUUUAAUUAGUAUCUAUAAAUAAUUGUAAUAAAUGUUGACACAAAUUACAGUAGUUGAGGAAGAAGUAACUUUUCAUGCUUAAUAUUUCAAUUUUUUAUUGUAAUAAUACCUAUACUGUAGUCUUACUAAAAUAUACAUUAAUAAUUUGCUAUGAUUGACACCUGUGUUUGUGAGAUUACAUAAUUUUACCUGUAAUUAAAAUACAUAUAUUUACAAAAAUAAAAUGUUUGUCAUGUUAUUGUC